AUGUCCCUCAUCCAAGACCGAAUUAUGGAGGAGCUACGCAAAUGGCGCAAGAAGCCUCUCUUCGGAUUCUACGCGCGACCCAGCCGAAACCGCCAGGGUGUCCGCGACAUGAAGAAUUGGGAGUGCGGAAUUCCAGGCAAGGCGGGCACCAUGUGGGAGGGGGGUCUUUUCAAGAUGCUGAUGAUAUUUCCUGAUGGUCGGUUGACUUUGCUGCAAUUUACGCAAAACAAUCCAGACCAGUCGUAA